CACAUGGAAGAACCGGAUCCCAACAAUGUGUUUAAAAAACCGUCGCCCGAGAUUUUGUUUGCAGAAUAUGGAAGAAGUUCCACCGAAGGCGAGGAUCCGACGCCAGAAAACAAACGAGUCAUUGAUUUGUAUGACCCAGUUGAUGCAAUGAGCCUUAAUCGGGAAAAAGAUCGAGUUGUAGUGUCAGGAAUUCGAGGUGUUCUACAGAUUAUCAAAAUUCAAAAUUCGACAAACGAUCUCAUCGAAGGUCCAUCGAUUGUAAAGGAUCUCGACAUGCGAGUAUAUCGAAAAGGAAAAGUCAAUAUUCUUUAUUCGGCACAAAAUGUCAAAUGGAAUCAACUUUAUGAUCAAUACAUUGCCACGACGUCGUCAAACGGUUCAAUAGUAUGUUGGAACAUUUCUAGGAGAAAUAAAUCAGUGUUCAAGUCUCAUGAAAGAUCGGCAACAUGCCUCGAUUGGCAUGCAACAACUCCAUAUAUUUUGGUGUCCGGGUCACGGGACUGUACUGUUAAAUCAUAUGAUAUGCGGGUUAAAGACAAUCAUCAGCUCACUUUUAGUGAUAGAAACUGCGAAUCGAUACGUGAUGUGGCGAUGUGCAAAGCUCCGGGAUUCGAUGAUUACUUUUUUACGGGUGAUGAUGGUGGAGUUCUUCGUCUAUGGGAUUUGAGACAGACAAGAAGAUGGGUUUUUCAAAAAGUUGCUCACCGUUCAUUCGUUUCCACUUUAUCACUGAAUCCUCACAAUCGGACGCUUAUUGCCACAGGUGGUGGAAGAGAUAAAAUGGUUAAGAUUUGGGAAUGGACGGGUCCUGAAUUGAAUCGUAUAUCAGUUGUUGAGACGACUGCACCACUGGGAAGAGUUGCUUGGCGACCGGAUCGACCAUAUCAUUUGGCCACGUGCGCAAGUGUAAAUGAAACGUCCGUGCACGUAUGGGAUGUUCGGAGGCCCUAUCUACCGUAUGUCACAUAUGAUGAACACAGAGACAGUGUAACAGAUGCAUGUUGGCCAAGUACUGACUUUGAUGUUUUCAUGACAUGCGGUAAAGAUGGCCUUGUUGUUCUUCAUAACAUUGAUUCGGGUCAUGCUCCAAUAUCCUUUGCAUGCGAUGUUGCAUUUGACAUUACUCCCGAUGGAACAAUGGGAUUGGCAGUCAAUUCGGAGAUUCACGCGAAAAAUGACGCAGACCUUGAAGCUAAGAUGUGUGGUCCAAAAUCAAAGAAGGCAAUCCGCCAAAUUCCAUAUGAAUCGUUCUUUAAACCAAUCAAAUCCUUGGUCUCGUUUGGUGUACCCGAAUCACUUACCCACAGUCUUCCACCAACAACUUUCUAUAAAAUUGCCGAGAAAUAUUUGAUUGGCGGAGUCGAGAUUAUGCAAUUAUGUGAGACAAACUCUAAAGUUGCUCGGAAAAAUGGACUCGAACACGUGGCACAAACGUGGCGACUCGUAGAAGCAUUGUGUGAACAAGCACAUAUUCAAGAAGAAUAUGAUCGAUUGUCGGCUGAAGAAAAAGAACGAGUUAUUCGGGCUUGGGUUGUACGAAAAAAGGAGUUAGCAGAAGAAGGUCGUCGAUGGCUUGCGAAUCUGAACGAUCAUUAUCGAGAUGAUGUGAAGAAGCAAGUAACACAAAGACUUGAAAAUACACAACAUGUUACUGCAUUUCUCAAGUUCUCGAGUUCAUCAGAAUCUGAAGAGGGCUCUGAUAAUGAAAAAAUUGGUGAUGGUGAUAAUGAUCGACGAGAAAUUGAUAAAAUGGCUCCAGAUGUUAAUCGGAAUACAGCAAAGAAGAAAAAAAAGAAGAAAAAGGCCAUUGCGGCAACCGAUUUCUAUUUUGGAGCUGGAGAAGCGAAUUUCAAAGGGGGAAAACAAGAAAUCUUGCAUUACAACGAGUUUAUGGGUCUACGAGACGAAGCCUAUGAGCUCAGAGACGAGGAAAAAGAGCGGAGAUUCUUCUGCAAAGCAAAGAAGCAGCCGACGAACGACGAAGAGUACGAAGAGCUCCACCGAGAGUUAAACGACACGGAAGCGGACUUCCAGGCGUGGUCCCCGAUGCUCGAAAUCUAUCGAUUGUUGCUCUAUCACGCCGAGCAGGGAGAUAUGCAGACGUGUGCAGCCAUUUCAAUGGUUUGUGGAAAACGGCUUCUUGAUGCAGUUGAUCCAUAUACGGUUAAUGGGUGGAUUCAGUGUUAUAUGGAAAUGCUCCAUCGUCUUGAACUAUUCCUCGUCUGCGCCAAAAUUCGAAAAUACUGCCCUCUUGACAGUAUUAGUUCUGUAUCCCGUGAGAACACUACUAUUCAGUUGGCUCAUGCUGAUUGUGAUGCACUGAUUGUAAAUGGGCGAUGCACAAAAUGCGAGGCUCUUGCUCAAGCGGAUUGUACUGUUUGCCGGUUCGGUAUUGUUGGAAUGACAUUUCAAUGUAAUGUAUGUGGUCACUGUAUGCACACAGACCACGCCUAUCAAUGGUUCCAAAAGACAAAAGAAUGUGCAUUUGUUGGAUGUCCAUGUACAUGUGGACAGAAUACGUGGCCAGAUAUGGAAAGAACUUUUAUUGGAAAUGAUGAAAUACGGAAAGGGCAUCGAAAGUUCAAUCAUCUUGAGCAAACUGAGCCAACUACUAAUAGAGUAGAUGCCUCUCGACUAGACACGGAUUCCGAAGAAAGCCCAGAAGAAGAUAUCGAAUGGUCGACUGCGACAAAACUGAUUCGCGACAAGUUUGGCGAGGUUCCUUGCGAUGAUUGGGAUACACCUUGGGCAAAGCAUUUGGUAGAUAUUUAUAAGGAACGACUACGGAAACCUGGAGAUUUUGUGCCAAAAAGGAUUCUAGCUUUGACGGAGCCACCGGUGGCUAGUGAAGAUGACGGGGAGGAAGAAGAUCCGGCGGCGUUUAGUUCAAAGGAAAUUGCCGAAGCAGAAGUACGGGAUUCUCUGUUCUCCCAGCUCCAGGAUGUGAUUACCGAACAGCAUGAUAAUAUCAAAGGAACCUCAGAAGAUGAAGUUGAAGAUAGGGAAGACGAGGAUCGGACUGAUCUAGUGAAAUAUUACUUGAAUCCUCCACCUCCUCCCAAGAACGAGGUGAGAGUUCAAGAGGAGCAAUUGGAAGGAUCCCGGAAAAGGAAGCUUGAGCAGAUUCAGGAAGAAGAUGAGGAUGAGGAGAUUUUAGAUGAAGAAGAAGAGUUGUUUGAAGAGGAGGAAGAAGUAGAUGAGGAGUAUGAAGGAGAGGUGGAAGAAGUGCACAGAGAGUCAUCGGAGGAGUUGGAUGAUGAAGAAGAAGAGGAGGAAGUUAUGCCUGAAGAAGAAAUAGAAGAAGAUCAAGAAGAUGAGCAAGAAUCUGUACUCGACGAGUCGGAAGAGGAUAAAGAUGAGCCCUGGGAUGAGAACCUCUUUGGAGACAAUUACAUCAAAUCGAUUGGACCAAUUGGGCUCCAGUGGGACUUGAAGCUUGAGAAUGAGCGAGUCACGUCACCGACGUUCCUCAGUGCGGUAGUCAAAGAACAUUUGAUGGAUGUGAAAAGGUUCACAUUUGCUGGUAGUUCUGAUGAGGAACAUCAAGAAGCGGAGGAAGAGGAGCAAGAAGAAUCCCGAAAAGUUGACGAAAGAGCCCUGCUAAACGCAACACCGGAAAAACCUACAGAACGAGAGGGUGAAGUAUUGAAGGCACCAGCUCAAUUGACGUAUGCGCAGAAGGCACUGAUGAUUUUGGGAAUGUCACGUUCGGAACUGAAGAAGAAGAAAGCCCGUAAGCAGAACAAACAGCUCGCCGAGCUCGCCAGAAAAAUGACAACCGAAAAAAAGUCUUUCUACUCUAUCGAUGUUUCUUCUGAUGAAUUCCACGUUUCAAGUCUCUCAGAUGAUUCUUUCUCAAAAAGUACACGAUCAUCGUCAUCUUCCUCGUCAUCUUCGGAAUUCUUUGUUCCACGUGCUGCUGCUCUUGAAGUUUCAGAAACGAAAAUCUGUGAAGGAUACAAUCCAGAGAUAGAAAGAUCUUUGUCUGCUGAUGAAGAAGAAGAAUCUACAUCUCAUGAUGAAUUGUCAGCUCAGCCUGAGCUCCGACUACCCACGCCACAUGCAACUGGAGAUUUGUAUUUGAAACGGGACAGUCCAUCACCAGAAAUUGUUCACAAGAUGAAGAAGUUCAAAAAGGUAAGCAGUUCAAUGGUAUACUCGUCUUCUGGUGGGGAAGAACAUCAGCAACAAUGCACUAUCAAUGGGUAUGCAGAAGCGAUUUGCAUUUGCAUCGAAGGCGCCGUUCCCUCUCCACCACCGUCCUCCUCAAGAUUCUCCACACCGCCCGUGUCCCCGGUCUCCUCGUGUCCCAGUUCCCGGUUCUCAUCACCUUCAGCCACCCGCCCGCAGUCCCCUGAUCCUGUACCUGCGGCGCCAGCUGAAAAUUGUGAUCUACCUCCACCUCCACCAGAACCACCACUACCCGGGGAAGACACACCAUCGAGGAAAAGUAGUAGUUCUUCAGCUCCUCUGCCAGAGGCUCCAAUAGUUGUUGAGCCACCAAUUAUCACGUCAUAUGCUAACCCAAUAUUCACUAGAAUAACUGGCCGCCCACCCCGUUCCAGACCCGUCACGAUCAGUGGGGAUGGGUAUGAUUUGGCUCCGAUCACUAAUGGAGAUUGUGCUCCAUCGGCGGCCAACUUGCUCUUUGAGUGCUCUUCAUUGCCUGAGAAGCCGGUGGAAAAGGUGCUGUUGGUCAAUGGCCAUGGCAGUACUCAAUUGAUUUCUAAGCUGAAUGACACCAGGGAUCACAUUCUCGUUAUUGAUCUCCCGGGCUCUCAGACUUCUCAACAGCGGCAGAGAAAUCUAUCAGUGGGCAGUGAGCUUUUUGGGUCACUGAAUAAUGAACAGACGCCUAAUGACAUGAAAUUAAUGCAGAAAUGUCCGCCGAUGGACUCUGAUAUGUUCUCUUCUGAAGAGGAUCUGUUCGAAUCGUGUCAAGAAGAUCUGAAUGUGCCGUUCUUUCCUGAGACUGAAGAUGUUCCUAUCAUCCCGGGAACCCGACAUCCCUGGGAGACUGAUCAGGUGUAUCAGCAGCGUCUUCAAGCGGAACGCGCUGAAGAUGAAGCUGCGCACGUAGUGCCAGUGUCAGAAGAAAAAGAAAAAGCAGAAGAAGUCGAAGAUCCUAUUGUUCCACCUGUAGAGUUCAACAAGCACACCCCAAUGAUGCGAGAGCUCGCGAAGCGUCGUCGAAAGCUGAAGCUGCAGUAUCCCAAGCCUCUGCAGCCACUGAAACGCGUCAAAUUCACCGAACAGGACUAUGAUACUUCAAUGAAAGCUGCUCUAGAGAAUCUGAAACUUGAGGCUCCCGAAAUGAGCUCAGAAUCUGACUUUGAAGAUUUCGUUCGAGAACAGGAGGUUUGUAGAAAAUGCAAGCAUCAAGUGAAGCGGGAUAAAAUGGAAAAGCAAUAUGCGAAUUGGUUGAGGAAUGUAACUGACGAAGGCCAGAUGUUCUUUGCAAAAUCUCUCAGCGAUCCGUGUGCAAAAUUCCAACUUUCACAUUUAGAUUCAUACCGAACGGACGCCGAAAAGGCUCGAAAAACGGCGGUUCAUUUGCUGGAAUUCAUCAAAGUUUUCUAUUUUAUCAAAUGGGAAGAACUUCUUGGUCCAGAUAGGGAAUUUGUACUCAAAGAGGUUUACGAACUUUGGGAAGACUAUCGAGAGAAGCGGCCCAGAAUUUGUAGAUUACACUUUAAGGAUUAUCAAUUCCGAUUUUUCGCUUCUUCAAUCGCAACAAAAAUGAAGGAAGAAAUGUUGCGUGGUGAAUCUCCCCAACUUCGACAAUCUCUUCUCAACUAUGACUGGCUACACAUCAAACCAUGUGUUACUACAAUUGACGAUGAUCCGCAUGCAAUGGAUGAAAUGCUUGAUACAAUAGUACUUCGUAAUCCAAAUUGGUCAAUUGAGGAGAAAAAGGCAGCGAAUCGAUAUUGGGAUCUAUUCGGAAAAAUUCCGCUUCACAUUGAGAGCUCAACAGCUGUAGUGGUACCUCCGUUGUCUGAAGAUCAAUUGGAAAUUAUUGAUGAGUCGAAUUAUUGGACGAAGAAACAAAUGAAACAGGUGUUAUGUAGAAAAAGAAAUUAUGAUAUUCGACUUGGAUAUACGCGACAGAAGAAGAAUAAUGGAGAUUUGUUCCGAGUUCAGGAUCGUUCUCGUAAAGUUGUGAAUAGAGAAUGGCAAAUGAGACUUGAAAAAAUGGUGAAUGAGACUCGUCGAGUUGAUUUCUCAACCAGUAGUUUCCGUGUCAAUCCCCACGAAAAGCUCAUAUACACUUCCGAUGAACAUCAUCCAUGGCCUGUAUGCCAAUUUGACAAUGGAGAUCAUUAUGUGACAGUGCAACCGAUGGCUUCAAAAAGAUAUAUUGAAUUCAAGUCAAGAAUUCGUAGCAAAUUCCACUUUAGACGACAAUCGAGUCUUAUUGAUAAUUCGAAGGAUGUUGAGAUUACGACUGAGAAACUUCGUAAACUACCAUCAUUCAAAAAAUUCGAACCACGGCUUCAAAAAGCGACGGACUUCAAAGAAAUGGUGUCAAAACAUUUCAAAGUUCUGGACAGAGCUAUUGUGAAGAGCCGGUACGAAUUGUACACGAUUAUGGAGGAAGACGAUGAAGUGGAACUUAUUGUGAAUAUGCUUGAAAAUCGAACUGUAAAACACGGAAAACGACGUCUAGACGCGGAGGAUAUAUUUGCUGAGAGAAGAAGUCAGAGAGAACGAAAAGAACGAGAAGCUUAUGGAAGAAUGACGGGAGCAAAGUAUCGAAGAGAACUGGCAAAUACAGAGAAGCAGGAAAUUGAGAAAAUGAAAAUAAUGAAUAAACAUUGGAUGCCUGCACUUAGAAAGAAGAUUCGGAUCGCUCGGAAAGUUAUUGAAAUUGGAAGACUUAUGGUUGAAGAGGAUGUCCGCAAAUGGAUGGAAUAUCAGUAUGAGAUGACAUUUGUCAAAAAAAUGUUCCGUAAGAAGUCGCUGGUCACCAAAAAAGACCUGAAAUACAGUGCUCCUGUAGUUUGGCGUGAUGCGAUCUACCAACUUGACUAUAAAGAGCCAACCAUCAUCCCACCGUACGUGAAGCCGUUGACAAAGCUUAACGAGUAUCAUUACAAGGAACUUCCAAUUUACAAUUCAUCGUCGGAUGAUGAGGAUUACGAUCCAGAUGAUGAUCGACCGAGUGAUGAUUCAUUUAUUCAAUUUGAGACUCAACCAGAUUUACCUGCAGUGGCGGCGAGUUUGCAGAACGAGAUUCGGGAAAACCUUGAGCUCGCCGAUGAACAAGCCGAUGAGCAAUGGGAAUAUUCAGAUGAUUCUAGCGUUUCUACUUGGUUUAAUGAUGGAACUGAUGAUAUAUUAAAUCGAUUGAUAAAUAGUGAUUAUCUGGAGGAGCAUAUGAUUCUAAAAGAGAGAGCUCGUGGAGCACUUGGCUGGAAGCUCUGCAAUGUUCUGAAAGAACGAGAACCUUUGGAUUCCGAGUCUGAUGAAGAGGAGAACGAAUCAUUUGAGUAUAUGGUUCAGACGGAUUUACAGAAACAAAUUGAUGCAGAGGAUCAAUGGAUGGAGGAGAACGCUGUACUUCAAGAUGUUGGAAUUACGGAUGGAAAGAGGACAAAGCAGCUGGCAAAGUUGGAGCAUGAUCAGGAUAUGAAGAGGAUGGAAAGACGGGAAGACCAUCAGAAGGAAGCACAACAAGUUAGAUGGUUCUUGAAGAAAUUCGCAUUGGAUCAUAGUUAUAUGACUGAACCCUACACUUGGCACGAAGAUCUUCACAGUGCAAUUUCAUCUCUGCAUCGAAGUGAACUCCGACGUGUAAGCAAUAGAGUACAUUUAAUCAUGAAAUCAGAAUACGAAGAGCUCGCCGAGCACGAUGAAAUGAUUGCUGAUAUAAUACCACGAGAUGAGACAAGUAUUCAAUAUAAAAUGAUUAAUUUCCUAUUGUUCCGCUCAAAUGGGGAGAGUUUUGAAGAAUCCUCGCGACGAGCAGAUGAGUGUAGAGACAUGAUCAAGCCUGUACAACAAUAUGAAUUGUUCUUUGGAAGAGAAGGAACAUACACGUUGAAUAUGGUUCAAAAGGAAGUUAUGAUGAUGAAAAACAUCCGCGCCUCAUUCAACUAUCUAAUUCGACGACUCGGAACGAACGAAGGAAUGCCUGAAGAUAGUGUUCGAAAAUUCAUGAAACUAUGGUGGUACAACUCACGGGACACUCUUGAAAGAUUCAUAACGUGUUGCGAGGAAACAGUUGAAACCGAGGAGAUGAUAAUGGAUGACAUGAUGGAUCUCUACUAUACUCCUGGUAACCUUGAAAUUGCUCGUGACACUUUCGAUAAACUGGAAAUCGCCAGUAUCAUGAACGAGAUUCUCUACACCGUUGAUCAAUACGUCGAGGAGACUGAAAUUCUUUUCCGUGGGGCUUCCACUGCCGCCGAUCGGCAAGCGUUUGCAGUUAUGAGCAUUUGGGAGUGGAAUGAGCUCAAACACGGGUACCCUGAAUGGCGGGAGCCAGCAGCUGUGUCAUCUGAAGAUCCUGAACUGAUAUCUUCCGAAUCUAGUUGUUUGUCAGAAAGCGAUGAUCCAUCUGUGCAUAGCUCUCAAGUUUCGUGCGGAGAAGAAUCCGAAGAGUUACCAGAAAGUCCUGAAAAGUCCCCAAUAAAAAUCCCGAGACGGAUCUCCGAGCUUGACGAAAACGAUGAAAGUCGUAGGAAUAGUCUGCGCAAAGGAUCCCCCAAUAAACAAAUGAUGAAGUACUAUUCAGAAGUUUAUGAGAGUCUGAAAGCAGUUGAAGCUCAGAGAAGAGACAAAAAAGCAGAGGAAGCGGCGAGACGGUGUAUGGAUCGAUGGGAGGUUAUUGAACGAGAGCAGAGAUGGGAAAUUGAGGAUAAGGAGAGGAAGAUUCAUGAUUAUUUGAUGAUGGAACAAGCGGUUAUGGAGAAGUUUGGUGAGGAGCAGGAGAAGAAGGAGAAUCUCAAAAACUGGAAAGAAAUUUUGAAAAAUCCGGAAGCUGAGUCGACGCAAUUAGAAGACUGUAUGAUGUAUGGAAGAUCGGGAAUUCCAACUGCAGAAGUUCUUGAAAUGAUGGGUAUCCCGUUGAGUUUAGACCGAGAUAUGUUCUAUAUGGAAAUGUAUGAAUGCCAAUCGGCAGCCACCUCUGUAUCGGAUGCAGAUGAGCUCAGAGAGUUGAUUGAGAAGGAUUUUAAGGAGGAAGAUUUGGAAAUUGAUGGAACUGAUAUGGAUGAUGAUGCAGUUAGCUAUUCAUCAGUUAAACAUGUCUUCAAGCAUGAACUUUAUUUCCAACGAGAUCUAGAGUCACGGCGAGUUCCCUCCGGCAUUCUGAUCUUCACACCAGAACAAUUCUUUGAAGAUGAACUGGACUCUAAACUCGAGUACGAGAAAUGGAGAAGAAUAAUCGAGGCCAGUGAGUGUCCAUUCACUUUCAAUACACUUGUGAUGCGGGAGAGAUUACUUGGCAAGUGUCGUGAGGCAUUUAAGCAGUACCUACUAGACCGAUAUCUAUAUCCAGAAGAACAUAGAAAUUCUGUCGUGCUUGAGAUUUUCAAAAACUGUUUUGUGAUUGUCGUUGUGGAUACUCACCUGGAACCUUGGGAUUGUCGAGUAGUAAGCCGUGAUGACGUCACGAAGGCCGUUGCAGAUAGGGCUUCUUGGUUACGACAGUGGAUGGUUCAAGAUUCCCAAGAACGAAUGAUUCAAUGGAUGACGAGUCACAAAAUUGACAUGGAAGUGUACGCGAGUUGUCCCGUGCUCUCUGUUCGUGGAGGAGAUCUAACUCAUGAGCACAUUGAGCAAAUGUCUCGAAUGUUCAUUGAGGAGAGCACAAGAGAGGAAUGGUUGUCGAUUAAGAGACAUGAAGGUGUUCAGGCGUUGGAUGUAUGUGUCAACAGUAGCAGAAAUAUGAAAAUAAUUGGUUUUUUCACUAUAAUUUUGCAGACAAUAAUCCGAAUGCCACCACCUCCAUCAUCCAAAAUCAAUGCGUAUAAACUAAUCUUCAAGCCAAUCUACGAUGCUUGGUAUCAUCUUUGGAAGUUUGAAAAUCAACAAUCGAAUUCCAAAACAAUAAUCGCUAGAAAGUUUGAUCCGGUUAAAGAAUAUCUUCAUAAAGCAAGAAUGAUUGUCAAUUAUGCUCAUCAACACUAUCGAAUGAAACGAUUUGAUUCGUUAAUGUCAAAGGAUCCGACGGAAUUUCAAUUGGUCGACCGUUCUGAUGUUCCAAGUGCUUCACUAUUCGAUAGUCUUGAUGCAGCAGUCAGCAAGUUCUGUAAUGAAGAUUCCCGUAAGUCUUUGUUUUUGGAAAAUGCAUUUUUUAAAUUUACAAAUGGGUAUUCGAUUCAGUAUUAUAGUAAAUUUCUCAGUUUCUCCUUAAAAAUCAAUAUUUCAGCUCAUCUGGCAGAGGAUCAGAAGCAAGUUGUGAAGGAUACAUUGAUUCAGUUGGCGACUGGAAAGAUUCCAUAUUUUACUACGAAUUAUUUUGGUGGUUAUGACUACACGGAAAAUAUUUCUCUGACUGAAGAAGACGAGGAGAACGAUGAUGACAAGUCUCCAGUACUCAGAAAUACAGAUAUAGUUCAACCGGCGGCUCCAAACGCGAAAUAUCUUGAAAUGGAGGAUUGUGAAGAAGAAAUUGAAUGGCUCAGAAGUAUGCACGAGGGAUCAGAUUUCCAUAGACGCAGAUUUAUGGCUGUAUUAAUGUAUAAAAUGGCUCAGAAGGCAAUUUUCCGUUUUGCACCACAUUUGGCUGAUUUUGAGAGAGGACGGAAAAGAUUCCAACAUUUGCUUACUUUACAUGCAAAGCAGCGUCCAUUGCUUGAUAUGAUGAUCACUAAAGUUCGGGGAACUUAUUUCAUGCCGCUAGAAACCAACAUGUUCCUGUAUGAUUCCAAAUUGAUAACAUUUGCGGAAUUAGUUGAUUCGGAAGUUCAUCCAAAAGAAUGGAAGGAACGAAAAGAGACAUUUGAAGAAAUUAGACGACAGACACCGAAAGAUCCAAAAUCAAUGUCUAGAUUCCUGAAUAUGCAUAAUUCGGGUUCUGAUUCGGAUUCUGGUUCAGAAGUUCGAUCGGAUUCAUCUUCGUCUCUUGGUGGAUCAACUGAGUCUUUGAACAGCUCGAAAAAAGGAAAACGAGCUCGCCGAGCAAUGAACAAGGCACAAAGAGAGCUGAUGCUUUUAAAACUCCGAUCGAAACCUGUAAAUCCAGAAGAAACAUUUGCUCUGGAAAAACGAGCAAUUGGAGCAAAAAAGUGGAAGGUUCGACGAAAAAUCAACGAGAUGUUGGAAGGAAUUGCGGAUCUUGACAAAUUUAAGAUUGAGGCGAAGCUUCCGGCAAAAAAGAAAGAUUUAUUGAAACAUAUCAAUGAAUUAAUUGUUGAAAAUUCUGAUACAGCACACUGGUCAUGGGGUGAUUUGAAAAUGCAGACGAGAAUACGAAAGAUUCCACCAGCAAAUAGAAUGAAGCCGAAGCAUAUUAAUCGUAUUUUGAAGGGAAAGAAAAUGUACAAACCGCCGAAAAAAUACGAUCCAAAAGAUGCGCAAACUAACGGACGCAAGUGGUUCUAGGAAGGAUAUACAGUUUUCUUCUUGUUUUAUAUAUAUAUUUUUUGUUAAAUUUUUUGUUAUCUUUAUCUCAUUUUUAUAGCCAUUUUUCCAAUGUAUUUCGUAUUCCCCUCAAUUGUUCUCCCAUUAUUUUUUUCAAAAUUUUGAAAUUCUUUCAAUCGCUAGUGAUUAUAAGGUAUAUUUUCAAUAUGUGAUAAUUUUGUAUAUAUAUAUUUGAAUCGAUUUGCGCCCAUCAAAUUGCCUUUCUAUUUUUUUUUUCUCAAAAAUUAUGUUAAAUUAUUUGUUUGUUCUGAUUGGAUUUUAUGUGAUAUAAGAUUGUUUUAUGAUA